ACACUAUCUAAACUGUCAUUGUCAGUGUCACUGCCUCCAAAGUUUUACUAUUUCAUCACGUAAUUCUUAAAAUAAGUAUUUGCUAAAAUUGGAAAUUCCAAUGAUUAUAGGAAAAGUACUGUCUAGAAAUAAAAGAUUGUUAUUAAGAUCUAAAUCAAUAACAACACAAAUAACAUGUCUAUCUUCAAAACCAACGGCUUCAGAAGUUCUCACAGCAUAUUUGACCCAAUGUAAAGAACCUCCUUGGACCUCAUACUUUGUGAAGUACAGUAGUGUAAAGAAUGAUCAAUAUGGAAUGUCAAAUUUCAACUGGAAGGUUGGUAGUUCCAACUAUCAGAUAUUGAGAACUGGCUGUUUUCCUUACAUCAAGUACCAUUGUUCGAAGAAAGCAGCCGAAGAUUUGUCAACAUCGGACAAGUUCAUGAGAGCCAUUAAAGUUGUUAAUUUAGGUAUACCAUGUUUGCUGUACGGCCUGGCAGCUACACAACUUAUAAGACACGAAGAAAUAGUACAUACUUCUAAGGGGCCGGUCACAAUAUACUUUCUAAUACCAGAAGAUAAGGGAUCUAGAUACUAAUGAGAUAGUUGGCCUGAAAUAUGCCAAAUGAUUGAAAGCUGUCACACUCGCUAUAAGCUUGUGUUAUAAUGCUUGUUUUCAAAUAAAAUGAGCAACAUUAUUUAAACAUAGUUACGUUACUAUCAAUUAUAAAUGGUAAAAAAAUCCUUUAUAACCAGAUUAUAUUCAAUAUAUUUUUUCUAACUUCAGAUUUAAUAAACAAUCUAUCCAUUGUUUUACAAUUAAAGAUUGAAUUUGCGAAACAAAGAAUAAAUCGGUUAUUAAAGUCCACAUUAAAUAGACAAAAACAGUGCAAAUAGUCUAUGUUUACAAAACACUAAAACAUGACCCUUCUUAGUAGUUGGGUAAAAACAUGUUAUUGUAUGUAAUCAUUAUUUAUUUUGUACAUCAGGGGCAUUAUGUUUAUGUGAUAGAUAAUUUAUAAUAGAUAAACAAUUGUUUUUUGUUAGAACUCACAUUUUUAUUGUGUUUUGUUUUUUAGAGUAUUUUAUUUCUUUAGUAAUUAGUAAAGUUGGAUAAUUUGUUGAUAGUUAAAAUGUGAAUAAAUAACGAUAUUACUA